GUUUCUUCCCAUUCCGUCGUCCUGAUUGGCUGGCUGUAACGUCUCUUUCUCUCUCUCUCCACUCUCCCUCCCCCGGUCCUCUCUCUCUCUCUCUCUCUUACACACCAAGAAAGCGUCUCUGUCUGUGGCACAACCUACGCAGCCGAUUGGAACAAGCAGCCGUCCAUCCAGCCACGGCGCAGAGAACAGCAGGGGAUGAACAAAACAACUGAACCUCUCUAACCAACACCAGAAAUCCAGUAAAAACAAAACCACCUAACCACCUCGAGCCGGAGUUAUUCUCCAACACAAUUCUCAUAUCACCUCAUUCCUUCAUGCCCCCCUCCUAAUCUUUCUUUCUAAAACCCUGAAGAAAUCUAGAGAAUUUGCAGAUGGGAGACGUCUCAGACACCGCCGGCCAUCGGAAAGUCCCCAAACUUCCCAUUGAGGGCCGCAGGAACAUUCUGAUCACCAGUGCUUUACCAUAUGUCAACAAUGUUCCCCACCUCGGGAACAUCAUCGGCUGUGUUUUGAGUGCUGAUGUCUUUGCUCGGUACUGCCGUCUCCGUGGAUACAACACCAUUUACAUAUGUGGUACAGACGAAUAUGGCACAGCGACUGAGACAAAAGCCAUGGAAGAAAACUGCACCCCUCAGCAGAUUUGCGACAAAUACCAUGCGAUUCAUAGAGAGGUAUAUAAGUGGUUUGACAUAAGUUUUGAUGAGUUUGGGCGAACAUCUACUCCACAGCAGACUGAAAUUUGCCAAGCAAUUUUCAAGAAGCUUUUGGAGAACAAUUGGCUUUCAGAAAACACUAUGCAGCAGCUCUACUGCAACACAUGCAAACGCUUUUUAGCUGACAGGUUCGUGGAGGGCACCUGCCCUACACCAGAUUGCAACUAUGAAUCUGCAAGAGGUGAUCAGUGUGAAAAAUGUGGCAAAAUGUUGAAUCCAACAGAACUAAAGGAUCCUAAAUGCAAGAUCUGUCGGACAACCCCACAUAUUCGUGAUACAGAUCACAUGUUUCUAGAACUCCCACUGUUGAAGCAUAAGUUAGAGGAGUAUAUCAACAACAUGUCAGUGGCUGGAUCAUGGAGUCAGAAUGCUGUUCAAGCUACAAAUGCCUGGCUAAAAGAGGGACUAAAACCACGGUGUAUUACCAGGGAUCUUAAGUGGGGGGUUCCUGUUCCACAUGACAAAUUCAAAGACAAGGUUUUCUAUGUAUGGUUUGAUGCUCCUAUUGGAUAUGUUUCAAUCACUAAAUGCUACACAGAUGAAUGGGAGAAAUGGUGGAAAAAUCCUGAAAAUGUGGAGCUUUUUCAGUUUAUGGGCAAGGACAAUGUGCCAUUUCAUACUGUAAUGUUUCCAUCUACACUUCUUGGAACUGGCGAAAACUGGACACUGAUGAAGACUAUCAGUGUUACAGAAUACUUAAAUUAUGAAGCAGGAAAGUUCUCUAAAAGUAAGGGAGUGGGAGUUUUUGGUAAUGAUGCAAAGGAUACAAAAAUUCCUGCAGAAGUGUGGCGAUAUUACUUACUAACAAAUAGGCCAGAGGUAUCAGACACAUUAUUCACCUGGGCUGACCUGCAAGCCAAACUCAACAGUGAAUUGCUUAAUAAUUUGGGAAAUUUUAUUAAUCGAGUGUUGAGCUUCAUAGUCAAGCCUCAAGGCCUAGGAUAUGCUUCCAUCAUUCCUGAUGCUCCAGAUGCAGAAACUCAUGAGUUAACCAAGAUAUUAGCAGAAAAAGUUGGUAAACUAGUUGAGCAAUAUGUGGAAUCAAUGGAGAAGGUCAAAUUAAAACAAGGUCUUAAAAUUGCAAUGAGCAUUUCUAGUGAAGGAAAUUCUUAUCUGCAAGAUAGCCAGUUCUGGAAGCUCUACAAAGAUGAUCAAUGUUCCUGUUCCAUUGUUAUGAGAACUUCAGUUGGUCUAGUGUAUCUUCUUGCAUCUCUAUUGGAACCUUUCAUGCCAUCUUUUUCUGUUGAGGUUUUGAAGCAGCUUAACUGGCCUAAAACACAACUUUCACUUUGUGAUGAGAAAGGAGAUCUGGACAAUGCAAGAAGACCUUGGGAGAUUUUACCUGCUGGUCAUGAGAUAGGGGUGCCUUCACCACUAUUUAAGGAAUUGAAAGAUGAAGAGGUGGAGUUCUUUAGGGAGAAGUUUGCUGGAAGUCAAGCUGAUAGGGUUUUGAAGGCAGAGGCUGAAGCAAACAAGGUUGCUGAGCAACUGAAGAAAACCAAAGUUUCAGAUGGUGAUGACAAAAAAAGACCAAACAAAUCUACAGUUGUAGCCAAACUAAAGGCAACUGCUGAAGUCGUUUCCAUCAGUAGGCUUGAUAUCCGUGUUGGUCUCAUAAAAAAGGUUCAGAAACAUCCAAAUGCUGAUUCCCUUUAUGUGGAAGAGAUUGAUGUGGGUGAAGGAUCUCCAAGAACAGUUGUUAGUGGCCUUGUCAAAUACAUUCCUCUUGAAGAAAUGCAGAACCGGAGAGUCUGUGUUCUUUGCAACCUCAAGCCAGUGACCAUGCGAGGUGUCAAAUCACAAGCAAUGGUUCUCGCCGCUUCCAACAAUGAUCACACGAAAGUUGAAUUGGUAGACCCGCCUCAGUCUGCUCCUGUGGGAGAGAGAAUUACAUUUCCUGGGUUCCAUGGUGAACCUGAUGAUGUUCUCAACCCUAAGAAGAAAGUCUGGGAAACGAUACAGGUAGAUCUGCACACUGAUACUGAGCUAGUGGCUCAUUACAAAAAUGUUCCCUUUACCACAUCAGCAGGUAUUUGUAAAGUGGCAUCCAUAGCUGGAGGAACCAUCCAGUAGAUCCCUAUAUUUUAUGAGUUUCCAAACGACAUUAAUAUUCUUGUUGUUACGUUCAUAUUGUUUGUUGUUUAUGUUACAACAAAAACAUUUUCCUUUCAAAAAAAAAAUGAAAGAAAAAAAGAACAGAAAGAAAGAAAGAAACAAUUUCCUAAUGAGGGAUUUGUACAUGUUAAUAUGUGAAUUUUAAGAAAGUGACUUUUGUUUC